GUUCAACUUACGACAAAACAAUACUUCUGACAUCUGUGUCGAAUACCCGACGGCGGAAUAAAAGCGUGCAGAACGGCAUGAGAACAGAAUGUUGAUGCCAGCCCGCUCAUUCACCCCUGCUGUGCAGGUUUGCAAAACUGGUUGCUGAAAUUUGUCCUUGCCAUUUAGUAGUGAUGAAUCUAGGGCAUGGGCCAACAUUUUUUACGAAAGGGGCUGAGUCAGGUUAGGUCAGAUGCUGCAAAAGCAAGUUCCUUAUCACCAUUCUCCAGUGCGGUUACCAAGUCCAACGACGCGGUUACAAAUUACAACUGAGGAAAGACCUGCGAGGUACUUGAGCAAGAAAGAAUGAAAAAAAUCCGUUCAACCUUUUAGCAAAUUUGUUUGGUGCUGGGAAACAUGUAAAUUAACGAACAUUUUAAAAAGAUUUGCAUUUAAAGGGCCUUGUACAUAUGUCAAGGAAUCCUGGUAGUGGAUUGUCUGGUUUUAAUAGCUUAGUAUGUCUUCUUACAACACGACACAGCUGCUGAGAGCUAGGACAGAAAAUGAAAAUUCCAACAGAAGAUUGGAAAGGCAACUUAGAAUGUACAAGCAUCUUGUUCAACGACUCGGAUUAGAAACGGAACUCAAGGGUCAUGAAGGGUGUGUAAAUUGUUUAGAAUGGAACCAAGAUGGCAGCAUAUUGGCAUCCGGAUCAGACGAUCUUCAUGCCAUAUUAUGGAAUCCUAUAAGACGUAAAAUCAUCCACAAGAUCAGCACAGGACAUAGUGCAAAUAUAUUCUCUGUCAAGUUUAUGCCAAACUCGGGAGAUACGGUUUUAGCCACAGGCGCAGGAGAUGCGCAGAUUCGUGUUCAUUCGGUUCCGCGUCAGGAUGUGAUCGCCAAGUUUAAAUGUCACAUGACAAGAGUCAAACGACUGGCGACAACUGCAGAUGAACCGUACAUGAUAUGGAGCGCUUCUGAAGACGGUGUUGUCAGACAAUUUGACCUGCGCCGCCAACAUACUUGCAAUGGUGACGCGACUUGUGCGAAUGCCCUGAUCGAUAUGACACAUCAUGUAGCACGGUGCGAAGUGAAGUGUAUUGAAGUCAACCCGUGUCGUUCAGAACUGCUAGCGAUUGGCUGUAGCGAUCCCUACGUUAGACUUUAUGACAGGCGAAUGUUGACCGAACAUUCUACGAACGUUGGUGCCAACAACUGCUCGACCAACACUCGUCAGAAGGCAACAGCCACCUUUGAAAGUGGUUGCACUCAGUAUUUUGCUCCCGGACAUCUUUCGGCUAGCGCGCGAAGUACUCGUAGACGCUCGGUCGUGUGCACAUACUUGAGUUUCAGUCCGAAUGGUCACGAACUGUUGGCAAAUCUUGGCGGAGAACAGUUGUAUUUGUUCGACAUAAACACUCAGCGACAACCGCUACAUUACACGAUCGAUUACUUUAACAAAGACGACAAGGCAAGCUCAUCAACAAGAAAUGAAUCAACCGAGGAUUCCGAAACGGUUCGUGCCACAUGCUCGGGCGAGCAAUCUACGGGAAAUAUUUUGAGAAAACGAAGAUCUCAAACGGCAUCUUCUGAUCGUUCAAAUUCAAACAACGGCUUUACAAAAACAGCGAAGUCGACUACGAAUCGCGACGGUAGCGCAUGUGCAGAAGGACCCCCCGAGCUUUCAGGCCAUGCGUUAGAGUUGAAGCGCAUGGCGAAUUCGGAAUACGAAGUUAAGAACUUCUGGGCCGCGAUCAAUCUAUACGGUGAAGCAAUAACGCUUGCCCCCGGUUGUUCCGUUCUUUAUGCCAACAGAGCCGCAGCUUUUAUUAAACGCGGAUGGUACGGUGACUUUUACGCGGCUCUUCGCGACUGCGAGCAGUCGUUGUCUUGUGAUUCGAUGAACUCAAAGGCGGCUUACCGACAGACCAGUUGCCUUUUCAAGCUGGGACAUUACCAAGAAGCUGCAGCUUCUUUGGAGAAAUUCAAGCGUUCCUUCCCCGACUUUCCUGUAAAAUCUCUUGAAAGAGAUAUUAAUGCUACCCUCUUUUCACAAGGAUACGAGACGCCGGGGAUGCAGCAAUCUAUAUCACGUGACAUUUCGCAUCAUCACGGGGAAAAGGAACUACGGAGGACGGCCAACGAUUACCAGUUAAGAUUUUGCGGCCAUUGUAAUACCGCAACUGACAUUAAAGAAGCGAAUUUUUUCGGCGCGAAUGGCGAGUACGUGAUCGCCGGUAGCGACGAUGGCUCCAUUUUCCUGUGGGAGAAACAGACCCAGAACCUUUUGCGCGUAUUGAAAGGCGACGAGAUGAUAGUGAACUGCUUGCAGCCGCACCCGAGUUGCGCUCUCUUAGCAACGAGUGGCGUGGAUCACCCGAUACGGUUGUGGAGUCCGCGUCCCGAAGGGACUUGCGACGAGCGAAGCGUCCCAGACGAAGAGUUCAUGGAGGUCGCGCAGUCCAAUCAGAGACGAAUGAAGUUCGAUCCGUUUGAAAUGAUGAUGAUGGAUUACACAUUCAUUAGAAACUAUGAUGACGAAGAGGGGGAGGGUGGGGAAAUUAUGCCGCAAAAUUGUCAAACGAGUUAGGAGUUACUUGGGGGUGAUUGGCUGAACAGUUUUGUUCAAUAGCGUAGACAGGGUUUUGUUUGGACAGUAAAAGGGAUGUAUUGAGGGGGGUCAUGUGAAGUGAAUCGUGUGGCUUAGGGUUUGACCGUUUAUUGGUAUACUACAAAUGGUAGCUGUUUGCGGUCUUCGCAAUCAUAACCUCCUCCACCCUCACCGCCGUUUUUCGAAGCGUGCAGAAUACAAUAGAUUUGCGAUAUUGCGAUAUCGUUUAACAUUAUCUGCUAAAUUAAGGUAUAGUGAGUUGAAGCAUGUGUUUGAAAAUAUCGCAUGGCUAAACUGGAAAGUUUAUAUUUCGCUCUCCUAAUUCAGAGUGGUAAUUUUGGUCGUGGUGCGUUUUUUUUGCAGUGGGAGGGGAAGAAUGCAGGACUUACGCAUGCGCCAUCUUCCAGGUACUGUUAAGCCUUCUAAACUUGGCUUUUCACUACAUUUGCUUUAAAGGAAUCAUUUUCCUCUACAAGUCGCCCAACAUAUACUCUUCAACGGCCCACUCGGCUUUAACUCGGAUAAUUACGCUUGGUAUAUUUGCACUCUAUUUAUGCACGAGGUACUCGUAUGUUUUAACGUACUAACACAUCUUCCUUUAGACUAUGACGUCAGUCCCUGGAUGGCAAUAAAAUACGUAAAUAGGAGAAGAUAGUAAAUUCUAGAUAUUUUUUUGCAUUCUUUCA